UUCUUCAUUCAAUGUAAUAAUACUUUUUCUCUUCUCUUUUCUUCAACUUUCUACCCCUUUCUCGGUCGUCUUCCUAUUUCUUCCAUACGAACAUUCUAGAAUCGUCAAACAUAACGCCCUAAUUCUGCCGAUCUCUGUCUUCUCCUAUCAGAUAGAUUGAUAUUCGUAGUUUCGUACACUGAUACGCGUCUCUUAAUCGAUUGUUCGAUGAACAUGGCUCCUCCGCCGGUGGAGAGGAGCGGCGGAGAGUCCACGGCCGCAGAUACGACAUCCAGAUCUCUUCCGACGCCAUUUCUGACGAAAACUUACCAGCUUGUGGAUGAUAAAACGAUCGACGAUGUGAUCUCUUGGAACGAAGACGGAUCUAGCUUUGUCGUUUGGAAUCCUACCGAAUUUGCCAAGGAUUUGCUACCGAAAUACUUCAAGCACAAUAAUUUCUCUAGUUUUGUCCGCCAGUUGAACACCUAUGGAUUCAGGAAGCUUGUACCGGAUCGAUGGGAAUUCUCAAACGAUUGCUUUCGUAGAGGUGAGAAGCGUCUGUUAUGCGACAUACAACGUAGAAAGAUCGCAUCUGCUUCACCAGCACCAGCCAUUGCUGCUACUCCGGUGACGACAGUGGCGGCGUUAUCGCCUGUUCAUCCUGUAACCGUCUCUCCCAGCAAUUCAGGCGAAGAACAAGUAGUGUCGUCGAACUCAUCUCGAGGCGCUACAACUUAUUUAUCUCGAGAAACAACAGCUUCUGGUGGAACUAACGCGGAACUUAUUGAUGAAAACGAGAGGUUGAGGAAAGAGAACGUUCAACUCAACAAAGAAUUAAGUCAGAUGAAGAAUCUAUGCAACAGAAUAUACAUGAUGAUGUCAAAUUACGCCACCAAUUACAAUAACCCAUCGGAAGGUAACACCAAUACCUCACAACAACAGACGGCUACGGCGGAAACAACCACCGUGACACCACUAAAUCUCUUGCCGUUAAAGCGUUUAUCAGAAGACCGAGAUGGCAGCGGUAGUCGUCGACGAUCACCAGAACCUGAGGAGGAUAUUAGUCCCAGAUUAUUCGGUGUUCCGAUAGGUGUGAAACGGGCGAGAGAGGAAGCGGCGGAGCAGCACCAUGAGCCGAGGGUCCACGUGAAAUUAGAGCCGUCGGAUGAUACCGCAAAGGGGGUCGGUAACGGUGUAGAUUGUAAGGAAGCCAGGUGGAUGAUGAAACACUGCCAGCGGUCGGAUCGGAAGGUGUUAUUAUGAUCCUGUUGGGUAUGGUGAUGGAAUCUAUCUUUGUCAUUGUCUUUGUGGGGUCAGGUACAAGAAACUUCUUAGGCAUAUUUUCAAAUAUAUCCUUCAUUAAAAAAUAGAUUUUCUAGAGCCUAGUAAAUCAUCCCUAAACCAUAUCCAUAAAUAUCUCAAUACAUUUGACAUUUUUAGCACAUGAUAUUUGUUAGGGACAAUAUUUAUUUACAGGUAGACAAGCUUGCGUUGAUAUGUGUAUGAAAAACUUGAAGAUGGUUUCUCUAAGUGAUAGAAAUGAUGUAUUAGUCGAGAACUAUCAUACAAGUCAAGAGUAGUGUGUAAUUUCAAUGUUGCAUAUAUACUUUAUCAUACAGUUGAAGCAAAUGCAAAAAGAA